AUGCAUCCAGUGUAUUAUAUACUUAAAGGUGUUGAUUUUACUAUUAAGAAGACCACAUCAGAUAGUAUUUCUACGGGAUCGUAUGGUGUUGAAGUAAGUAUACAACCAAAGAAGAAUAUGGCAGUUGUAUCACCAGACAUGAACAUUCAAACCCUAUCACUUCUAGUAAAUGCCAAUUCUAUUAGCAUUACAGCCGAUAAGAAUACUUCUAGAAAGAUGGAAAUUUCCAUUAAGGCGGAUUUAUCAUGUGCUGUGGUGGCUCAGGACUCAAUGAGCUACAGAUCCACUGCUGUAUAA